AUGGCUGUAUCGAAAUAUUUUGGUGAUGAACGCAUCGAUGAUGCUAUUUACGCGGUUUAUUUAAAGAAGGUUCGCUAUACGACGACAACAGAUGAGAAAGCGACCAAAGAAUCGAUGGAAAAUCAUUCCGAUAAAUUUCAUUCAUAUAAUUCGGACCAGGGAGAUCAGUUACAGUGGGAAACGGUGAAAGAACGCGUUAUACGUGCUGGAACUGUUGAAAAACUAGUAGAAAGUUUACUUGGCAGCGACAAUAUGAUGGAUUCAAGGCAUUUCAAUGUUUUUUUUUCUACUUAUCGUGCUUUUGCGACGAGUAUGGAUGUUUUGGAUUUGCUUUUACGCCGUUAUGAAUCGACUGAAAAUCGUAUGUUUUCUUCAAGUUGCGACAUGUCAACUACACGAAACUCAAUUCGGUCGAUAAUUCUGUGUUGGAUUGAAAUGUAUCCUGAAGAUUUUUACGAUCCUAGUACUGAUUUUGCUGCCAUUGUGAAAUUGCUCAAUUUUACGCGUGCACAUAAAAUAUCUGACAUUCGAUCGAAAGCUCGGCGAAUGCGAGAUAUUUUUAAACAAGUCGCUGCAGAUGGUGGACUUUUAGCGCAGAUUCCUUCGAUGACACAUUACAUAAUUGGUCAUGGAUAUGAAGCUGUUGAUUAUAUAUCAUGUGUGGAAAGGGCCAACGUUUUUGAUGUUGAAAGGGGAAAUUGUGUACAAAUUGCGGAACAACUUACUUUUUGGGAUGCGGCACUAUUUAAGGAAGUUUUGCCGCAACAAUGCCAAGGUUGUAUUUGGUCAAAAAGGCAUAAGAAGGGGCCAGAGGCAGUUUACAGCGUCAAAGCUACUAUUGAUCAGUUCAAUGCGGUCGUACAGAAAGUUAUGACAAGCAUAGUUUUACCCGAAUGUCAUUCCAACUUUCGUGCAAAGAUUAUAUCUAAGUGGAUCGAAGUCGCAAGGGAAUUACGGGCUCUCAAAAAUUUCUCGUCGUUAAAAGCUGUUUUAUCAAGUUUGCAAUCUGAACCUGUUCAUAGAUUAAGAUCUGUUUGGGCUCUAGUGACAAGUAAUCAUACUGCUCAAUUUCGUGAACUUUCUUCAAUAUUUGAAACAGAUGAAGCCGGAGAAGAAAAAAAAGCUCGACAGAUUCUUGAAGAGGAGGGAACAACAAAAAGUUCGCCAUUACGUCGUCCUCAGCUUUGCAGACGAUCGAAAAGUGACGUUAAUCUUAUUGAAUGUCAAGGAACGGUUCCAUAUUUAGGAAGUUUUCUUACAGAUUUGUCGAUGAUUGAUCAGGCUAUCCAAGAUUUUACUGAUGGUAAUAUAAUGGCAAAAAUUCGAUUGUUCCAAUCGGCAUCUCGAGGAUAUUGUAUUCCAAUGGAUGCAGCUUUUUGCUCCUGGUUUUUAUUUCUUCCAGCUCUUGACGAGAAUCGAUGUUUCAUGCGUUCUUUGGAAAUUGAGCCCCCAACUAAUUCGCCUCCAGAGCUACCAAGGUCAUUGAAAUCGCAACCAAAUUCUUCAUCAAAAAUUAACACAUUGACACGUAUGUUUUCAAAUGUCAAUAACGACGAUCACUUCGGUGCCCAGCUUUCUUCUGAUUCGGGUAUCGCAAAUGAUGAUUCUUGGGUAUCAGAGGGAGUAAAAAUACCCCCAGUUGAGCGAUCUUAUUUAGGUAGUUUUAGUCCUUUUGGAAUUCGCGCAUCUCGAUCGUUCACUGCCCCAUCAACUCCAGCCAGUACUUUUUCAUGGAGAGGAGGUAGUGAGUUUAAUCCAGGCCAUUUGGUGGCUCAUCAAAGAUCUUCAAGUGGUUCUUCCAAUAUUCGUUCAAAGGAUUUCACUUCCGGCGGGAUUAAUUGCUUUAUUAAAGAUUCUCCAUCGAACAUUGAGAUGCUUUCACAUGCUUUCGAACAAAUGCCAGAGAAUGCCGAUGGAGUGAAUGUUGGCGAAGGAAUGCAGCAGAAUUUGAAUUCAAAUCAUUCAUCUCCAUCUUGUGCUUCAUCAAUAUCAGCUAGAGCGCCUUCACCUUCUUUCCAUCUCGCUCGAGUAGCAUUAGAUGAUCUCUUGCAAAAUGAAAUUGCAUCGACAAACUAUAAGUGCAUAAAAGUGGAAAAUAGUGAUCGUAUGAACAAGUUAAUUGAAAGGAUAUUGGAAAAACAUCUUAUAAAGGGCAUUUAUUCUGAUUAUUGCUUAGUUCAGCUCCUUCCUGAUGGAUGCGAAUUUCAACUGCCUGAUAAAUGUAAUCCAUUUUAUGCUGUUGCACCUGAUCCCAGUUCUCCAAUGCUCAACUUCGUUUUACGUCGUCGAAGUGAUUAUGAUGAUCGUCAGACUACUAUUGCACCUUCAGUAAAAAAACUUAAUCGCAUAAAAAGAAAUAAUCUUCUGAGGUGGAGUAGUGGCUUUUUAUAA